GAAUCUUCCCCAAGACACAUCUCUUCUACAAUCCUAAGCAUCAUGCACCGCGAGCUCAAAGAAUUCUCCCACCCCCAUGGCUCCACGGGCAUCUACCAGGACAACCUCCAGGUAGAUGUGCUCAUCGUGGGCGCCGGGUUCAGCGGCAUCUACAUGCUGCACGAGCUGCGCAAACAGGGCCUCAAGACCGUCGUCUACGAGGCGGGCUCCGACCUGGGCGGCACGUGGCGGUUCAACUGCUACCCCGGAGCACGGGUCGACUCGCAGGUGCCAUUAUACCAGUUCUCCAUCCCCGAAACCUACAAGGACUGGACCUGGUCCACCAACUACCCCGACUACAAAGAGCUGCGGGCCUACUUCGACCACGUCGACAAGGUCCUCGACAUCAAGAAAGACGUCGCCUUCGGCAGCGUCGUCGUCGACGCCCAGUUCGACACCACCCAGAGCCGCUGGGUCGUCAAGACCCAGGACGGCCGCACCGCGUACGCCAAGUACUUCAUCGCCGCGGCGGGCGUCUCGUCCAAGCGUUACAUCCCCGAGUGGGAGGGGGUCGAGAAUUUCAAGGGCCCCAUUCACCACACCUCCUUCUGGCCGGAGCACGAGGUCGACGUGCGCGGCAAGCGCGCCGCCAUCAUCGGCACCGGCGCCUCGGGCGUGCAGGUCACGCAGGCCUGGGGCCCCCAGGCGGGCCAUCUGAAGGUCUUCCUGCGCUCGCCCAACUACUCCAUCCCCAUGCGCCGCAAGGAGCUCACCGCCGACGAGCAGAACCAGCUCAAGCCCAUCUACCCGCAGCUGUUCGACCUGCGCGAGAAGACCUUCACCGGCGCGCUGGUGGAUUUCAGCGAGCGCAGCGCCCUCGAGGACUCGGCGGCCGAGCGCGAGGCCUUCUACGAGCACCGCUACCACUCCGGCGGCUUCGACUUCUCCACCGCCAACUACAAGGACACGAUGCUCAACCCGGUCGCCAACCGGUACCUGUACGACUUCUGGGCCAAGAAGACGCGGGCGCGGUUGAAUGACGAGCGUGUCAAAAACCUGCUGGCGCCCGUCGAGCCGCCGUACUUCUUCGGCGGCAAGCGCUCCUCGCUGGAGACCGACUUCUACGAGCAGUUCAACCGCGAGACGGUCGAGCUGGUCGACGCCAAGAGCAACCCGAUCGUCGGGUUCACCGAGACCGGCAUCAAGAUGCAGGACGGCACCGUGCACGAGGUCGACGUCGUGUGUCUGGCGACCGGGUUCGACACCACGACGGGCAGCAUGAUCAACCUGGGCGUGCGCAGCAUCCACGGCACGACGCUGCAGGAGGACUGGUCGCAGGCGGCCGAGACGUACCUGGGGCUGACGGUGUCCGGCUACCCCAACCUGUUCCACCUGUACGGCACGCACGCGCCGACGCUGUUCAGCCAGGCCGUGACCACCAUCGAGGUGCAGGGCCGCUGGAUCGCCGACGCCAUCAAGCAGAUGGAGCGCCAGGGCAUCCGCUCCAUCAACCCCUCGCGCGAGGCCGCUCACGCCUGGAAGCUGCAGAUCCGCGCCUUCCAGAACGCCAGCUUCUUCCCCACCGUCCAUUCCACCUACAUGGGCGGCUCCAUCCCCGGCAAGCCCUUCGAGCUGGUCUCGUACCCAGCCGGAAUGCCCAUGUACGCGCGGCAGAUCCGCGACGCGCUGCCCGCGUUCCCUGGCUUCGAGGUCGUGAAGGCCGGCGAGGAGAAGUCCUUCCUUACACUUUCUCAGUAA